AUGCCGCCCGUCGACCCGGCCUCGCUCACCAUCUCGUCCCUCCUCGCCGAGCACCACAACGACCCGCACCGCGCCCUCGCGACCCUCGUGUCGCGCUUCAACCGCCUCGCGGCCGACCACACCUCGCUGCGCCAGGACCGCGACGCCGCCCUCCAGGCCUCGGAGCGCGCAGCCCAGGAGAACCACCAGCUGUGGCGCUCGCUCAAGGCCCUCGGCACCGCCGCGAGCCCGAGGCCGUCGGCCCUCCGACAAAACUCGGACCACUCGGCCGGCCAGGGCGUGCGCGGGCUCGGCCUCGAGACGCCGAGCUCGCGAGGGCUGAGGAGGGGCCCGUCGAGCGAGUCCAACUCGGCCAGGCUCGACCUCCCGACCUUGUCGGCCUCGUUCGGCGGCGCCAACGGCGGCGGCGGCGGCGGCGGCGGCAGCAGCAGCAGCGGCGCGACGUCGCAGCACUCGUCGCCGCGCACCGACGCCGACUUUGCCUCGUCGUCGGCCUUCUCGGCGCCGCACGACGGCCCCGCCGGCACGGGCGGCGCGCCUCGCUCAGCCGAGCCGAGCCCGCGCUUUGCGUCGGCGGCCCAGUUCAGCAGCCCGGCCGCCGGGCGCACCAAGGCCGCGACGCCGCCGCCGUCGCACGGCUCGCCGAGGGCGCACGACGCGCUCGCGGCGUCGGGCCUGCGCAAGGCGAGCUCGCUCGACCUCGGGCGCGGCGGCGGCGGGCCGGACGCCGAUCCGGCGUCAGCGGCGGCGGGAGCAGCGGGUUUGACGGCGGCGGCGCCGGCGAGCCCGGGCGGCGAGGGGCUGCGGAUGCCGCACGACGAGCAGCUGUCGCCGAGGACGCCGCCGCAGGGCGACAAGGCGUUCGACCCGCGCCGCAGGAGAUCGAGCCCGAGGAUGAUGACGGGCAGCUCGAGCAUGCCCAUGCUGUCGGACCCGGCCAUGGACCGCCGCCUCUUGCCGUCGAUCCAGCCCGUCAGCCCCUUCUUUGUCGGCGGCGGCGGUGGCGGCGACGACAGCGGGUCCCGCAGCGCCUCGUCACGCGACCCCAACUCGGCCUCGUCGUCUGCCGGCGAGCACCUCCAGCAGCAGCUGCACCACCACCCGGCGUCGAGUCGCACGGCCGAACUCGCGUCGUCGCGCCGCGACCGCACCUUGUCGACCAACUCGUCAAGCUCGCUCGCCAACUCGGCGUUGCCCGACCCGGCCCUGUCGUCGUCGUCGUCGCGCUCGGCGUCGUCGCUCCUGCAGGACUCGGUCUACAGCAUGCGCGAGCGGCGACCGUCGGCCCCGAGCAGCCGCCUCGCGCACGCCGCCCUCGGCCCCCACGACACGGACCUGUCGACGACGACGACGGCGAGCGCGAGCGCCCCGUCGAGCCGGCGUCCAUCGGCGCUCAACUUUGGCGGCGGCGGCGCACAACUCGCGUCGCAGCACCAGCAGCAGCAGCAGCAGCACCAGCAGGCGCCCUUGCCGUCGCCUCAUCCGCCUCGGACGCCGACGGUCCGCCCUGCGGCGCCGCCCGCCCCGCCGAGCCUGAUGCCCGCUCAGCUGGCCCACGCGCGGGUGCGCGUCGCGUCGAGCAACAUCCGCCUGAGCGAACGCGGCAAGGAGGUCGUCUCGUUUGUCGUCGACGUCGAGCUGCCCGCGUCGUCGCCGUCGUCAUCGUCCGCCGAGGCCGCAUCGGUCGACGCCUCGCGAUGGCGCGUCGAGAAGAAGCACGCCGACGUGCUCGCGCUCGACGCCGCCGUGCGGAGCAAGGCGAGUCGGUCCGAGGCCAAGGGCCUCGCGAGCUUGCCGGACAAGAACCUGUUCAAGGACCAUGCGCCGCACAAGAGCGACCAGCGCAAGGCCCUCGUCGAGCGGUACCUCCAGACGCUUGUCGCCAUCCCGUUCAAGGACCGCUCGCCCAUCUGCGCGUUCCUCACCUCGGACGUCGUCGUCGAGUCGCCGACGACGCCCUCCUCGGCCCACGGGUCCAUGGAGGGCUGGUUGACCAAGCGCGGGCGCAACUUUGGUGGGUGGCAGACCCGGUUCUACGUCCUCACGCCGGGCAGCGCGCUCGCCUACUACGACGCUCCCGGCGGCACCAAGCUCGGCGAGAUCCCGCUGCAGUCGGCCGCCAUCGGCCGCCAAUCCUCCUCACGCGCUCAGCCGUCAUCCUCGUCGUCCUCGUCCUCGUCGGCAGCCAACGCCAACGGCUCGGCCGACGCCGACGACGCGUACCUGCACGCGUUCCUGAUCCGCACCCAAAGCGACGAGAAGCACGGCCACCACGAGGCCGACCACAUCCUGUGCGCCGAGAACGACGAGCAGCGCGACCGGUGGGUCCAGGCCUUGACGACGCUCCAGCCUCGAGGCGUCGGCGCGAGCUCGUCGUCGUCGGCCAAGGCGGGCGACAAUGACCGCGAGAGGGCGCUCCCCGACGCUCCCUCGGCGGCGGCCCCGCCCGUCCCGACGGUCGUCUCGACCGAGCCCGACUCGCCUGCGCAGCCGAGCGCGCCCAAGGAGCGACGGCGCUCGGGCUCGGGCCCGCCGUCGAGCACGAGCGCGCUCGUCGAGCACGGCGGCCCGAGCGGCGGCGGGCUCUCGGUCCGGUCGGCGGGCGAGCCGGGCCUCCCGCCGAGCGUGUCGCUCCCGAGCGACCUGCACGCGCUCGCGAGGGGCAUGCCGGCGCUCGAGGGCGGCGCGGGCGCCAAGAAGAUCGCGACCAUCUCGGAGGGCAACGAGGGCGGCGCGCCGGGUUCGAGCUCGUCCGGGUCGGCGACCGCGGCGGCGGCCAGGUCGACGGGCACCAAGCUGCACGCGCCGUCGUCGCGUCGGCCGUCGGGCGACCGCCCGUUGAGCCCGUCGCGCACCGAGUCGCCGAGCUCGUCGGGCGGGCCUCCUCCUCCACCACCACCGGCGCCGCCUCAGCCCUCGGCCUCGUCGGCGACCAAGUACAGCGCGAGCGACGUCUCGGGCCCGAUGAACGCCGUGCCGCUCCCGUCCGGCUACGACUUCAAGAAGGCCGAGCGCCAGAAGAAGACCAAGUCGAGCUUCUGGAACUUUGCGUCGCGCGGCAGCAGCAGCCACAACUCGUCGUCGGCGACGGCGUCGGGCGACCGCAACUCGGCGACGAGCCCUGGCGGGCACGCGCCGCCGGCGAGGCCCGUCUUUGGCGUGCCGUUGCCCGAGGCCGUCGCCAUCUCGCGGAUCCGGCCAGGGCUCGAGCUGCCCGCCAUCGUCUACCGCUGCGUCGAGUACCUCGAGGCCAAGAACGCCGAGCACGAGGAGGGCAUUUUCCGCCUGUCGGGCUCCGCCAACGUGAUCCGCCUCCUCAAGGAGCGCUUCAACGCCGAGGGCGACGUCAACCUGCUGCAGAGCGCCGAGUACUACGACCCGCACGCCGUCGCCGGCCUCCUCAAGCAGUACCUGCGCGAGCUGCCCGACCACUUGCUCACGCGCGAGCUCCACAACGAGUUCCUGCGCGUCAUCGAUCUGCGCGACCGACGCGACCGCGUCAACGCCCUCGGCAAGCUCGUCGCCCGUCUCCCGAUCGAGGAGUACACCCUGUUCCGCUUCUUCUUUGCGCACCUGUGCCUCAUCGCCCAGAACGCCGACACGUCCAAGAUGAACUUGCGCAACCUUGGCAUCGUCUUUGCGCCGACGCUCGCCAUCCCGCAGCCGCUCUUCUCUCUCUUCCUCGUCGAGUUCGACCUUAUCUUCGCCGUCGAGACCGAGACGGGCGCCGCCAAGCCCAUCAUGGUGGGCGAGGAGCCCUCGUCGCUCGACGCAGCGGCGUCGUCGCAGGGCUCGGGCACCAACAAGAGCCCGAGGUCGGGCGGCAACCGCAAUAGCCAGCUCUACGAGGCGUCGGGCGCGGGCGAGCUUGAGCAGAAGCUCGAGAAGCUGCGAGAAAACGACGAGGCGGACGACCUGCCCGCCGACAGCGGUCGACCCGGACCUGACGAGGCCGACCACGCCGGUCCUCCCGCCGGCGAGCAGGGCUCGCUCAACGAGGCGUACGAGCAGCCGCACGGCACUGGUCCGCUCGGCGCACCACUGCGCAGCCCGGGCUUGCCCGUCUCGCCUCGACCAGGCGCGACUUUCUGAGUCCG